AUGAUGGAAACCUAUAACGAUAUGGACGAGCGACUCUUGCCCAAGGAUGAGACAAUUGCUCCAAGGAAGCGACUGGGAGGUUUAUUUAAUAUGGCUACAACAUAUAGUCGAGAUUAUAAUAGCAGUAACAGCAGUCUUGAUACAACUUUUAGGGUCGGCUGCGGUCGUACGGGACAACUACGGCUCGCAGCAUGGAUUGUCUCCAUCUCAUCCUUCAUGUGGGGUUUUGGUGCCGCUGUGCUUAAUUUGUGCAUUGUACCAAAUGCUGUGGGAUCGAUCCUUGUAGAUAUUAAUCUCACAACGACGGAACAAGAGCGUGCUACGGCUCUGGUCGUCGUAGGCUGUUUAUUUUCUGCGCUUUUGACGGGCGGUGUAGGUGCUCGUGUGGGACUCAAGACAACGAUUCUCGUCAAUAACGUGCUGUAUAUCAUUGGAAGCACUGUCUGUGCACUUGCAACCUCUAAGCAUGAGCUUUAUAUCGGUCGUCUGCUUGUUGGAUUGGCGUCAGGAGUCGUCACGAACACAGUGCCCGUUUUGCUUACAGAGAUCUCGCCCGUUGCUUCACGUGGCAUGAUCACGUCACUACAUCAACUCAGUCUCACAAUUGGCAUGUUGGUGUCUACUGUGCUUGGGUUCUUUGUUAUUUUGAAUGUACCUUCGGGGUGGAGAUAUCUCAACGGGUUCAUGGUUCUACCUCCAUUGAUGCAGUGUUUAAGCAUGUCGUUCAUGCCGGAAAGUCUAUGGUGGUUAAUGAAGAACCGCAGCCGUGAUGAAUGCCGGGCAAUGAUGAUAUAUCUACGUCCAAAUAAUCAGAAGGAUGCUAUUGAAGCAGAGAUGCUAGAAAUCGCGCGCGUGAUGGAGCACCGACGGCAUGAGCCUCAUGUAUCCUUUUUGAACCUGUUGGAGCAUAAGAAAGUCAUGAUGACAGGCACUAUUCUUGUGUUCUUUCAGGCCAUGACAGGCAUUAACACAGUGAUGUUAUACUCGGCAAAGAUCUUUCAUUUUGCAGGAGUGACCAACCCGUUCGUCGCCACGGCUGUUGUUAGUGUUACGAAUGUGGGCGUUACGAUCGUAUCGGCGCGCUUUGUCGAUUUGUAUGGUCGGCGACCGCUUUUGAUUGUGGGGACCACAAUCAUGACCAUUGCACUAUGCGCACUCAGUUGGUCACUUCUUUAUCUAAACGACAAUCUUGAGCUACAGGGUAUGGUAGCUGUAAGUUCCGUGCUCAUGUUUGUUGUCGGAUUUGCUGUGGGCCUUGGCGCUGUCGUGUGGGUUAUGCUAGGAGACAUUACGCCUGUGCACAUCCGCACACGAGCGUUUGCGUUUUAUAUGAUUGUCAGCUAUAUCUGCAACAUUGUGAUUGCUAUUGGCACGUUAUCUGCCAUCAACUUUUUGGGCCGUGGCUCGAAUCCCGAAAAGAAUGGAAUUGCGAAGCUCUAUUUAAUCCUUAGUGGUGUUGCAGCCGUGUGUCUUCUGUAUGUUUACUACUUUGUCGAAGAGACUUUGCACAUCCAAUCGACGCCGGCAACAAUUUCAGAUGACGAAAAGGCUCUUCUGGCUGAGAAGGAGCACGAUGCAUUUGAGGAUGUCCGGCAGACCACUGAUCUGUAG